CAUUUAUCCGUUCGCAGCUUCUUCAAAUAAACUCGCAUGGAGUAAACCCCAGAACCACCCGAACCUCUACCUUCUCCAAGAAUCAAUGGCCUGCUCCAUCUCCUUCAGAACAACGGCGUCUAAUGUCUCUCUUUUGAGAACUCAAAAACUCUACUCUUUUUCUUCAUUUCCGGUCUCGCUUUCACUCACUGUUCCAAGCGAUAAUCCUUGCUAUCAAGUUCAGCAUCUUCGCCUCGUUGCUGCAUCUGCUGGUCCUAAGUCGCAGACGGGCCCAACCUCACGGCAACGCUCGUCCUCGGCGGCAGCAAAUACGAAGAAGAAAAAGAAGAGGAAGGGAAAAACUGAUGGAGACUCUGUGGAGAAUUUUGAAUUUAAUGAUGUUGAGGUUGUUGAUGACUAUGGAGAAGAUGACGAGUUGUCUUCUUCUUCGUUGUCGAAUUCCAACUCCCGGUCUCUGUCAUCUUACCAUCAUCCUCCUCUCCCCAAACCCCCUGCUGGAUUCGUGGUAGAUGAUGCUGGCAGGGUGCUCAUGGCGUCUAACAAGCGAAUUGCCACCAUUGUUGAUUCUACCAAUAACAGCCCGCUGGAGUGCAUUAUAAGAAGAGUUUUUACAAGUUCAAGAGGGGAUGACUGCAUGCUACUUUGUCCUGUUGAUACUCCUGUUCAGAUAUUAAAGAGCACGAAUAUUGAAGGCUGGUCAGCUGUCAGUGACAAAGAAGUUGAAGCUAUUCUUCCAGCAGCUGCUUAUGCACUGGCAAAAAUACACAUGCAUCUAGUCCAUAGUGGAUUCUGUUACACUGCAAGGGGUGGAUUUUGCUACACAGAAGAUGACAUUUUUGAUUUCCGCUCAGAUGAUGGAGAAGAUGUAGAUGGCUUGCCAACUGAAGGCGUUGAAAUUACAUGCUUCCAUCUGGAUGGUGCGCAUUACAUGAUUUAUACACCUUCUGAUCCGCUUCUCUUCGUUGCUGUCAAGGAUCAAAAUGGGCUACUGCAAAUUGCUGAUGAUUUGGUUUUAUGUUUGGUAACAGGAUCUCCUAGACGACCCUGCUAUCAUAAGUGCCAUAGAUGAGGAGACUGAAUUCAAUGCCUUGGUGGAAGAAGAGGCUGCUCUUCUUGAGUCAUUGUUAGGAGAAAGAUGACAAGUCCUCCUACAUUCGGAUUGAUGGAGAAAAACAAAAAAAUCAGUAAUUGAUUUUAGCCUCGUGUACAUAAUAAAUUUUGAUUUUCGCUGUGAACUAGUUAAUAUAGAAUGUGCCUCAUCUUUGUUAACUAAAUUUUGCUUUUGCAUGACAAAUUAACUUGGGUAACCCUUUCUCUUCUUCACAUGGGUUGGCUGUGAUCAACCCUCAAAUUAAGCAGACGAGGUUACAAGUCUAGAAAGUAAGUCACUCUCAUGAAUCAAACAAGCUCACUCUGAAAUUUAUCAGAUUUUUACA